AUGGACGAGCGCCGGAGCUUGCUCUACUCUCCGGCUGCCUCCUCUGCCAGCCGGCAUCCGCGGGGCGGCUCGACCAGCAGCCACCACAACCUGGGCUACACCGAGCAACUGCCCCCCGCCGCCCCCCAGCCGGUCCCCGACCAAGAAGAGGAAGAGGGUGAAGAAGGGGAGGAAGGCAGCAUGACCGUGGUGGGAGGCAGCGGCGGCGGCGGAGACCCUUUGCUGGAAGAACCGCAACAUCCUCAUCCUUUGCUCGGGGGGGACCGUUACGAUCACCCCCCGACUCCGGCCGCCGUCCCCGCCGGCCAGCCCGCGGGCGGUGGGGAGCACGAGUGCUGCGAGCGGGUGGUGAUCAACAUCUCGGGGUUGCGGUUUGAGACCCAGCUGAAGACGCUGGCGCAGUUCCCCGAGACGCUGCUGGGGGACCCACGUAAGAGGAUGCGCUACUUCGACCCCCUCCGCAACGAGUAUUUUUUCGACCGUAACCGUCCCAGCUUCGAUGCCAUCCUCUACUACUACCAGUCGGGUGGGCGCAUCCGGCGACCCGUCAAUGUCCCCAUCGAUAUCUUCUCCGAGGAGAUCCGCUUCUACCAGCUAGGGGAGGAGGCCAUGGAGAAGUUUCGGGAGGAUGAGGGUUUCAUUCGGGAGGAGCAGCGGCCGCUUCCUGACAAGGAGUUUCAGCGCCAAGUGUGGCUCCUCUUCGAGUACCCCGAGAGCUCUGGGCCGGCCCGAGGCAUUGCCAUCGUCUCUGUCCUGGUCAUCCUUAUCUCUAUUGUCAUCUUCUGUCUGGAGACCUUGCCUGAAUUCAGGGAUGACCACGACUAUGAGGGAACUGGGGGGACCUUCGGGACGGGCGGUGGCCCUCUCCCACCUGAUGUCUUCACCAACUCCUCGUCCUCAGCUGCUUCCAUGGUGUCGUCCUUCACUGACCCUUUCUUUGUGGUGGAGACUUUGUGCAUCAUCUGGUUCUCCUUCGAGCUGCUGGUCCGCUUCUUUGCCUGCCCCAGCAAAGCCACCUUCUCCAAGAACAUCAUGAACAUCAUUGACAUUGUGGCCAUCAUUCCCUACUUCAUCACACUGGGCACCGAGCUGGCUGAGAGGCAAGGCAACGGCCAGCAAGCCAUGUCCUUAGCCAUCCUCAGAGUCAUCCGGCUGGUCAGGGUCUUCCGUAUCUUCAAGCUCUCCCGGCACUCCAAGGGGCUGCAGAUCCUGGGGCAGACCCUCAAGGCCAGCAUGCGGGAGCUGGGCUUGCUCAUCUUCUUCCUCUUCAUCGGCGUCAUCCUCUUCUCCAGCGCCGUCUACUUCGCAGAAGCCGAUGACCCCAGUUCAGGUUUCAGUAGCAUCCCCGAUGCCUUCUGGUGGGCGGUGGUGACCAUGACCACAGUGGGCUACGGGGACAUGCACCCCAUCACCAUUGGGGGCAAGAUUGUGGGCUCUCUCUGUGCCAUCGCGGGGGUGCUAACCAUCGCUCUCCCCGUGCCUGUGAUAGUCUCCAAUUUCAACUAUUUCUACCACCGAGAGACAGAAGGUGAGGAGCAAGCCCAAUACAUGCACGUCGGGAGCUGCCAGCACCUCUCGUCCAGCGAGGAGAUGAGGAAGGCUCGCAGCAAUUCCACCCUCAGCAAGUCCGAGUACAUGGUGAUCGAGGAAGGGGGAAUCAACCACAGUGCAUUCAAACAGGCUGCCUUUAAGACAGGCAACUGCACAACCACAAACAAUCCCAACUGUGUGAACAUCAAAAAGGUCUUUACGGAUGUUUAA